GACCUCGUCAUGGGUGUCCUUGACACGAUAUGGCAUCCGAGUACCAUAAACGAACUCAUGGCUGGUAGCGUUGGCGGGGCGGCUCAGGUACUUGUGGGACAGCCUCUCGACACGAUAAAGACUCGUGCACAAAUUGCUCCAAAGGGCAUGUUUGAAGGCCCCAUGGAUAUUUUAGUACAGACAAUACGGAAGGAGGGUGUCCUCGCUUUGUGGAAAGGAAUGGCGAGCCCUCUGAUUGGUAUCGCUGGUGUCAAUUCCCUCCUCUUCACCUCCUAUGCCGUAUCAAAACGCAUAAUAUCACCUUUUCCCGAGCUCUCGCUAAAAGAGAUUGCUGCGGCAGGUGCGAUGGCUGGAGCAGCAAACUCAAUACUUGCUAGUCCAGUUGAAAUGUUCAAAGUACGAAUGCAAGGCCAAUACGGUAGCGCGACAGAUAAACGGCUGAGAGCCGUAGUAAGCGAAAUGUGGACGCAAUGGGGAUUUAGAAAAGGAAUUAUGCGUGGUUUUUGGAUUACCGUUGCUCGGGAAAUUCCGGCAUAUGCAGGGUUUUCUACAGGGUUCGAAUUCGCCAAGCGCCGUUUUCGAGAACGUUAUCCAGGUCCCACCGGUCUUCCGGUCUGGGCCUUACUCGCCAGUGGUUCAUGUGGAGGUAUCUCAUAUUGGCUGGCUUGUUAUCCCCUAGAUGUGGUCAAAUCGCGCGUACAACUUCGUAGUACUCCACCAACUGGUACGCCUGUACAGUAUAUCGCUCAUGAGCUUAAAGUUAUCGUGACGGAAGGUGGAUUUGUUGGUCUCUUCCGUGGAUUAUCACCGUCAUUGCUGAGGAGGUAUGAUUCAUGGAUCUUGACACUUAGACGUGUUAAAGGUCCGAUUCUGACACCCUUUUGCAGCAUACCAGCCGCAGGAGCGACAUUUGGAGCAUUUGAAUUAACAAGAGAGUUCUUACGAGAUACAACAGGUGUAUAAUGACAGUGCAAUACAAGUUACCCUUUUAGGACAA